UCCCAGAAACAUUUGCAUGUCUUUUACCAAGUGUGUUGGAGUUGUUGAAAAAUCAGCCUUCAUGUUUAUGCUAGCGAUAGCUACAUGUACACAGUCUUGAUCAGACACGUUUAUAGCGGAGGUUUCAAGAAGCUGAUUGGCAUCGUUACAAGUUAGAAUGGAAGCAAGCACUCGCAGGAACACUCAUGGUGAUCCACCAAAGAUCAGUGUUAAUCUUCCAAAGUUAAGUGAGCUUACCCAGUCGAAAAAACGUUGGAGGGAGGUUCAACUCCCAAUUGACAUUCUGUUGUUAACAGUGAAAGACGUUGAGUUUUUAAGUUGCUACUAUUACAUUAAUGAUCUAACCAAAAGCUAUCUGAAAGGGCUUGGUUUAGUAUACUUUGGCAGCAUUGGUGAAGAUAAAGAUGUCAAACUGAAAGUUGCUUUGAUGAAAUGCUCAGAGGGUUCUAACGUUCCUGGUGGUGCUUUGAUCGUUGUAAAAAAUGCUGUCACUCAGCUGAGGCCAAAAGCUGUCUUUUCUGUAGGCCACUGUAGUGGCAUGAAUCAGGAAUCAACAAAGCUGGGGGAUGUGGUUGUAUCAAAAAAGCUCACAACUUAUUCCUAUCAGAAGGUUGCAAAGGAUGGCAAGAAAUUUCGUGGGUUCAUAACUCCUGUAAGCAGAGACAUCGCUGAACUCAUCGAAUGUGCAGGUCAUGGUUGGAAUCCACCCCUAGAAAAUCCUAAAGAAAGGAAGGUUGAAGUCCACUGUGGUGAGGUUUUGAGUGGUUCAGAGCUCGUACAAGCUGAGUGGCGACGAGAUGAACUAGUGAAGUCAUUUCCUGAAGCAAUUGCAAUUGAGACAGAAGGAGAGGGAGUUUUCAGCGCAGCACGUGAUCUGAAAAUGGAAUGGGUCGUUAUCAGGGGUAUUUCAGGGUAUGCAGAUGGAACUGAAGCAAACGAAAACUGGCAAACAUUUGCAAGUGUAACAGCAGCU